AGGCGAAGCUCGAAGACGGUAAGCAGGCGGGCGCUAUGGAGGAACCGGAGCGCCGGCGGCGCAGGAAGCGGAGCCCCCGCGGAAGCCGCUCACCGCCUAGCCCACCGGAGGAUGCCAGGUUGGCUUCCAAAAAGAAGAGCAAGUCUUCGAAUAAAAAACACAAGAGGAGUCGAAGCCCUCGUCAAGUGAUAGGCAAAAUAAAGCAGGAGCAUCAGGAUCACUCCCGAAGGGGACAUGAGGAACGUCAGCAUCGGAACCAUUCUGAGUUGGAGCACAGAGGGGGGAGGAGUAGAAAUAGGGGCAGACACAGGGACCAUUCAAGCCGACGGAAACCCCACCGAGAACGCCCUGGGAGCCAUGAAAGGGAAACUGAUCAUCAUCUCCAGGACCAGCAGUCACAGAGAGAGUUUUAUAACGAACGACGGCGUGAACAUCGUCAGCUGUUGGAAGCAAGUGGUGACGAGGAGAAUAGAAACACAGGAAAGCCCGGUAGCAAAAACACAGAAAAAGAAUCAGAGAAUAAAGAAAAACCAAGCUUUGAACUGUCUGGUGCACUUUUGGAGGACACCAACACUUUCCGUGGAGUGGUAAUCAAAUACACUGAGCCUCCUGAAGCACGUAUCCCAAAGAAGCGGUGGCGCCUCUAUCCUUUUAAGAAUGAUGAGGUUCUUCCGGUCAUGUACAUUCACAGGCAGAGUGCCUAUCUGCUAGGCAGACACAGACGUAUUGCUGAUAUUCCUAUUGACCAUCCCUCCUGUUCCAAACAGCAUGCUGUCUUUCAGUAUCGGCUCGUGGAGUACAGUCGCCCUGAUGGCACAACAGGUCGGAAGGUCAAACCCUACAUCAUUGAUCUUGGCUCAGGCAAUGGCACGUUUCUGAACAACCAGCGCAUUGAGCCUCAACGCUACUAUGAACUGAAAGAGAAGGAUGUCCUGAAAUUUGGGUUCAGCAGCAGGGAGUAUGUCCUCCUGCAUGAAUCAUCAGACACCUCCGAAGUGGACCAGAAGAAGGAGGAGGAGGAGGAGGAAGAGGAGGAAGAAUCGACAUGACAAUAGGCCAGGAAGGUGGACUGAACUUUUCCUGCAGUAGAGCUCGCAUCCUUAUUGUGGUGCUGGAGCCUUGCUGCCCUCUCGUCUUUUCACUGCCUUAAAGUCUGCUGUCUCUUGACUUCUUAUUUCAGGAGCUUCUUGUACACAUGUGGCUUUUGUGGUACUGGACUUAUUUGGAUAAUAAAGAAAACCACUGUUUUUAAGGUGGCUUUUGUUAAUUGAAAGGUAUUCUGGAUGCUCACAUGGCCUGGCAGCUCUUCAAUGAAUGAUUUUUAAAUAAAACUUUGCAGCAACCAACAGUCAUGUACAACACAAAGCUGCUGCUUCUCUUCCUCUCCCUCCCCCAGCAGUCCAAGAUAACUAAUGUUUUUCCCCCUUUCUUUUGCUCGCAAACUGUUAAAAGAUAAAUGCUACUUUAAAAAAUACUAAGUAGGGUCUUGAGAUAAAGAAAGCCAGAUGUUGUUCUGUAAUGUCUGUGGUUGUUUGAUUUAUUCAUAUGUUAAACUUAGGUAUUUGUAUUAAUUUUUAUGCUUUGUGUAGGCAGUUGGUAGCAGGAUAAGUUUUCAAGGAUACGGUUUGCAGUGUAUGUAUAAAGUAUCUUCGGUCUUCUCUCUGGCUUUUUAUCAUCUAGGUGAAGAGGUUCUGAGACUCCUGUUCAUGUCUAUCUGAUACGAUGUUGAGUGUUUUCCAACAAAACAUUAACAGUAGAUUCCUUUGUGUUGAAUUCUUGCAGGAGGCAAGUGGUGUAUUAUGAUUUGAGAAUGGGAAGCAAGUUUAUUUCACUGGACUGUUUUGUGCCCUGAAACCACUCAUUGUACAGUGCAACUUGAUGUACUUGGUUAGUAACUUUCCUUACUGCCCACAUUUCCCAAGAGCACUUUCUAUUUGCUGAGACAUGCUGUAUAUAUAGGUCUAGAACCAAGGAUGUUUGAGCUGAAAUGCAAUUCCUAAAUGAUACCUGAGAGGGAUGCUUCAAGGCAGCAGCA